AAAGAAAUCGCAUUAGGCAUUAAAUUCCAUUCUUAUCUUUUGGCUAUGGAUAGUCCAAUUGAAGCAACUGAUUUAUUAAGUUUACAUAAUUGUUGUUAUUAGAUGUCUUCUCCUCUUUCAAUUACAUUGCCAAGUUGUAAUCGCACAUUUGUUCUGGUAUCCGAUUCUUGUCUUUUAUCAUACCCGCUUACUAAUCCCCAGAGAUGCCUAUUUAAUCUCACGAUGCUAAUUCCUAAGAAGCCUGUUCAUUUCUGCCUUUCUCUCUUCUAUCCUCGUCCUUUCUUUUCUAGAUUUCCGUUUCACCCCACUUUUUUCGGCUCCAAAAUUGCUUUUCAUAACGCCGGAACUAAUCAGUUGCACACUUGCUAUUCGAUGGACAAGGAUCAAGUGACUGGUAUAGGUGACAAAAUAUCACAUUUUCAGCCCACGACCCUUACUGAUGGUGGUCAAGAACCAUGUAUAUGGUCAUCUCCAGGAGGAGGACAUAAGAUUGAUAUGGGAAAACAAAUCUUUUGCAACAGAUCAUUGAAUAUGAAGAACAUUGUUGCUGUUGGCUUUGAUAUGGAUUACACUCUGGCACAAUACAAGCCUGAAACUUUUGAAACCCUUGCAUACAAUGGAACAAUCAGAAAGUUGGUUUAUGAUUUGGGAUAUCCUGAGGAGCUGCUGGAGUGGUCAUUUGAUUGGAGAUAUAUGGUUAGGGGCUUGGUUCUUGAUAAAAAGAGAGGCAACAUCUUGAAGAUGGAUCGCCACAAAUAUGUGAAAGUAGCGUAUCAUGGCUUUAGAGAGAUGUCCAAGGAGGAUAAAGUUGAUGCGUAUGGAAAUACUCUAAUACGAGAUGCUUUUGAUGAGCCAGACUAUGCUCUCAUUGACACUCUUUUUUCCCUGGCUGAAGCUUUCUUGUUUGCUCAACUUGUUGACUUUAUGGAUAAUAAUCCUGGCAAAGUCCCAAAGGGAGCUGACUAUGCUCGUAUGUACAAAGAUGUGCGUGCUGCAGUUGAUUUGUGUCAUCGAGAUGGGACCUUAAAGCAAAUGGUUGCAAAGAAUCCAAAACGGUAUAUAAAUGAGGAUACCUCAAUUGUGCCUAUGCUGAAAAUGCUCAGAGAUUCUGGUCGUUCAACAUUCCUAGUGACAAAUAGUUUAUGGGACUACACAAAUAUUGUGAUGAACUUUCUCUGUGGAUCUCGUACACUGGAUGGUAGUAGUACUUGCAACUUUGAUUGGCUAAAGUACUUUGAUGUAGUUAUCACUGGCAGUGCUAAACCAGGCUUCUUCCAUGAAGAUAGUCGUGCCAAUCUUUUUGAGGUUGAACCUGAGUCUGGAAUGCUACUUAAUACUGAUAAUGGCACACCUAUGCCUCAGGUGGGAAGUUUUUCACCAAAUUUGUUGCUGAAGGGGGAAAAUAAAACAUGUAGAGUUUUCCAGGGGGGUACUGUUGGUCAUCUACAUAAAUUGCUCUCAAUUGAGUCAAGUUCACAGGUUCUGUAUGUUGGAGAUCAUAUCUAUGGAGAUAUAUUACGCAGCAAAAAGGUUCUUGGUUGGAGAACAAUGCUUGUCGUUCCUGAGCUUGAGAGUGAAGUUAAGUUGCUUUGGGGAUUGAGGGAUAUGCGUAAGCAACUUCGCAUUUUGAGGAAUAAGCGUGAUCUCAUUGAAGAUCAAGUACAUCACUUAAAAUGGUCUUUAAAGUUUGAUGGUAUUACUGAUGAUGAGAAGCAGAACAUAUCCUGUAAAAUAGAUGAAUUAGAGUCUCAAAGGGAUCAAGUGCGACUCACUCAUCAAGGGGCUCAGCUGAAAUGUCACCAGAAGUUUCACAAUAUAUGGGGACAACUAAUGAAGACUGGUUAUCAAAACUCUCGCUUCGCUCAUCAGGUUGAGAGAUUUGCUUGCCUUUAUACUAGCCAAGUGUCCAACUUAAGCAUGUACUCUCCUGACAAAUAUUAUAGACCCAGUGAAGAUUUCAUGCCUCAUGAAUUCGAUAUUCUGCCCAUUUGAAAACUGUUAUCAUCAUGACAAGUGGAUGUCUGUUGUUUGGCUCGGGGAAGCAAAAAUGAAGAUUUACCAAAAAGUACAUGAAGAAAAAAGGAAACUAGCUUUGUAUUGUCCUUAGUAAUAUCCUUUUGUGUAGUUUGAAGUUGCUUAUAAAAAGCUUACUUGAGGUAGUAGAUGGUUGUAAUUGCGUAUGGAUUAUCCAUGUUGACAUCUUGGAUAUAUACAGCACACUCAAUUCACAA